AUGGAGGGGCUGCGGCGGGGCCUGUCGCGCUGGAAGCGCUACCACAUCCAGGUGCACCUAGCGGACGAGGCGCUGCUGCUGCCGCUCACGGUGCGGCCGCGGGACACGCUCAGCGACCUGCGCGCCCAGCUCGUGGGCCAGGGCGUGAGCUCCUGGAAGCGCACCUUCUACUACAACGCGCGGCGGCUGGACGACCACCAGACGGUGCGCGACGUGCGCCUGCAGGACGGCUCGGUGCUGCUGCUCGUCAGCGACCCCAGGUGGCCGGGGGCGGGGACUGGGGGGCGACCUGGGAGCGGGGGCCUGGGGUCGGGGGUGGGAUAG